UUCUUGACGACGAAUUGUGUUUCCUGAUGUACAGGUUCCCAGUAAUAAAUAGUGGGUAUAGUUGGUUUGUGUGCAGAUGAAAAAACAAAUACAUCCAUUGUCUUGGUUUUGUUCUUCCUUACUAGGGCCUAAACAUUAUUAAUGUUGGUGUUGCAGGGUUGGAGCUGGGAUAUGAAUAAGGAACAUUUGCUUAAUUUACUGUGAUUUUUUGGAAUAUUUGAGUAGUUUAGUAUAAUAAUAAAGAGAGAGUGUUGUUCUGAUUUUGUUGUCUUUGAUUAUGUUUGUUUCAGGGAACAAACAACUCUUAAAUUGGAAACUUGUCGAAAAGGAACACCAACCUAGCUGUGUUGAUGUUUUCAGUUUGUAGUGUAGCAAGUUUGAAUGUGGUGUUUCAAUGGAGUGAGCUGAGCUGAUGGCGGUGAGUCUGACGGAAAGAAGAAAUUCAACCAUAUAGCCUGUAUGUUUUCAAAUCACUUUUUUUUGUCUUGAUUAAUGAUUCAGUUGCAAUAUAUAUUCAUAUUCUCUUUAAGUUAGUUUAUAUUAUGAACCCACUAUUUGUUUUGGAUUAAUUUUGAGUAUAUACUAUGAAAACAUUUCUAAAUUUUAUAUGUAUUGUUUUUCUUAAUGGGUGGAAUUAACUUGAUUAGCUAGGAAUGGACCCCCACAGUCUCUAGCUAGGAAGGAAGCUUUGAAGUUCAUGGACAUGAUGAAAUAAAUUUAAAUAAGUCAAGCAUAACUCUGUCUCCAAAAUCUCUGUAUCGCAAUGCACAUCAAGAGUGAUCCUACUGCGGAUGGAGAGAGAAAGCGUCUCAAGACCGUCUCCGACUGCGAUUCCGUCCAUGUCAUUCCCUACCUGCCAACAGAAAUUAUUACAAAAGUCCUAAUCAGACUUCCCGUCAAAACCCUCGUCAAAUUGAGGUGCGUAUGCAGAUCCUGGCUCGCUUUGAUAUCUGAUCCCAUGUUCGUUGAGAAGCAUCUGAGAGCUUCCACCCAAGACAAGGGUUAUGCACACCAUAGACUUAUUAUGAGCGCCGGUUGUCGUAGUUUUGAGGUAAAAUCAUGUUCUCUCUCAUCUGUUUUGAAUGAAGAAUGUCCUAGUACACAUGAUCACUAUUAUCCAUUGAAGCACCCGCAACGCGUUGUUUUGAUAGUUGGUUCUGUGAAUGGAUUGGUAUGUAUCGCUAUAGACAAAGGUUCUGUAUUUUUAUGGAACCCAUCUACUAGGAAAUCAAAGAGACUGCCCAAUUGUGGCUUUAAAAAGCGAUCAGGCGGAUGCAUUGGAUAUGGGUUUGGCUAUGAUGAAGCUAGUUCUGAUUAUAAGGUGAUUGUUACUAAAUCUGAAUUAUUUGGUGAAGCCCCUUUCAAGACUGAAGUAAAGAUUUAUGGGUACAAGAGUGAUUCAUGGAGGAGGGUUGAAAAUUUCCCUAAAGGCAUUCCCAUGGAUGCUCCGGGCACCUUUGUGGGUGGAUCACUUCAUUGGGCUGCGAGUGAGUUCAACUAUUCUUGGAGUGUUCGGACACCUAUCAUUUCUUUCGAUUUGUCAAAAGAAACGUAUUCUGAAUUCUCACAACCCCGCUAUGGGAAGGGUGCUUUGGAUUCAAAGCUAGGAGUUUUAUCUGACAACCUCUGUCUGCUAUGCGUUCGUUAUAAACGAUUCGAUGUAUGGGUGAUGAAGGAGUAUGGAAAAGUAGAGUCUUGGUCUAAGUUGUUUUCAAUACCGUAUCAUAAUCAGCUAGAGGUUUUCCCGGAUUCGUAUUCUGUCCCCUUGUGUAUUUCAUUUAGGAAAAAUGAAGUGCUUUUGGUGGUAGGAUCGCAAUUGGUGUUGUAUAAUAUGGACAACCGUACGUUUAAGCCUACCAACAUUCAAGAUUGCCUUCAAGUAUACCACCUUGAAGCAUACACUUAUAUUGAGAGCCUAGUCUCGCCUUAUCCUGAAUGAUGCAACAUAGAGAGAAAGUUGAAUGCUGCGAGACUGCAACUGCAAAGAUGAACCAUUAUUGAAAGGGUAAAAUAAUGAGAUGUAGUUGCUAAAUAGUAUAUUUACUCUCAUUAAAGUUGAAAACUAUUUUGUUUUUCAUUUGUUAUCAAAUGAUUGAAUAAUAUUCCACUUUA